GUCAGUCGCCAGUCCCGAGCUAAACAAAAGCGGUGGAUCAUACCACUGUGAGCCAAACCCGCAUAAAGCGCGUUCACAUCCCGCAUCAGGGGGCCGCGCUCGACUCUCCAGCAGCAAGAAAGAAAAAAGUUCGCAUUUUCCGAAAAGGCCGCCCGCGCAGCCGUUAGGAAGGAUUAGCUGCAUUUUAAAGUUGACCCUCUCUGUGUUUUUUUUUUUUCCCCUCAUUCUCCUUCCUCUCUGGUGGAGCAGGAGUGGCCGCACGGAGAGGCAGGACCUGAGAUCGGGUUUCAGCGGGGCGAGGAGCAGGAGAUCCGGGAGAUCCGGGGACACGGAGCGCUCGUGGCCCAUCUCCGUGUCCGGGCGGCUCGAGAGCGCCGAGCGCGGCGGGCGAGCGAAGCGAAGGGAGGGAAAGGAGGACGCACGCUGACCGGCUGCCACAGUCAGAAGCACAGAGACAGAGAAACAGCGACCGGACCGGGAUCCGGAGGAAUUCCUCAGGAGGCUCCCGCAGCCCGACGAGGCGGCCGACAUGGACGAGCAGCCCCGGCUGAUGCACUCCCACGGGGUCGGCAUGGCCGGACACCCCGGCCUGGCUCCGCACAUGCAGGACGGCGCGACGGCGGCCGACGGCGAGGCCAGGAAGCAGGACAUCGGGGACAUUUUACAGCAGAUCAUGACCAUCACGGACCAGAGCCUGGACGAGGCGCAGGCCAGGAAACACGCUUUGAAUUGCCACAGAAUGAAGCCUGCUCUCUUCAACGUCUUAUGCGAAAUUAAAGAGAAAACAGUGCUCAGUAUCCGUGGAGCUCAGGAGGAAGAGCCCCCAGAUGCCCAGCUGAUGCGGCUGGAUAACAUGCUUCUGGCAGAGGGCGUGUCAGGCCCGGAGAAAGGGGGUGGGUCCGCAGCCGCCGCUGCCGCCGCAGCUGCCGCCGGGGGGGCCGGCUCCGACAACUCGGCCGAGCACUCGGACUACAGGGCCAAGCUGUCCCAGAUCCGACAGAUCUACCACACCGAGCUGGAAAAGUACGAACAGGCAUGCAACGAGUUCACUACCCACGUGAUGAACCUGCUGCGGGAGCAGUCGCGCACACGGCCCAUCUCGCCCAAGGAAAUCGAGCGCAUGGUUAGCAUCAUUCACCGCAAGUUCAGCUCCAUCCAGAUGCAGCUCAAGCAGAGCACCUGCGAAGCCGUCAUGAUCCUGCGUUCCAGAUUCCUAGACGCCAGGAGAAAGAGGCGGAACUUCAACAAGCAGGCGACAGAGAUCCUCAAUGAGUACUUCUACUCGCACCUCAGCAACCCCUACCCCAGUGAGGAGGCCAAGGAGGAGCUGGCCAAGAAGUGUUCCAUUACAGUGUCACAGGUAUCCAACUGGUUUGGAAACAAGAGAAUCCGAUACAAGAAGAACAUUGGAAAAUUCCAGGAGGAGGCCAACAUGUAUGCUGCCAAGACGGCCGUCAACGCAGCCAACGCGUCCGCUCAUGGCAGCCAAGCCAACUCCCCCUCCACCCCCAACUCGGCAGGUUCUGCUGGCUCUUUUAACAUGUCAAAUUCCGGAGACUUGUUCAUGAGCGUGCAGUCACUCAAUGGGGACUCGUACCAAGGGGCCCAGGUUGGAGCCAACGUGCAGUCACAGGUGGAUACCCUUCGCCAUGUUAUCAGUCAGACAGGCGGAUACAGUGAUGGACUUGCGGCGAGCCAGAUGUACAGUCCGCAGGGCAUCAAUGCAAAUGGUGGAUGGCAGGACGCUACAACCCCCUCAUCAGUGACUUCGCCCACAGAGGGCCCCGGCAGCGUCCACUCCGAUACCUCUAACUGAUCCCUCCUCCACGCAGCGACCCCACACCAACCACAGCAACAACUCCCAACUGCAAAGCCGGCCUUUCCAGCAACCACCAUCCACAAUGGAGGUCAAUCAUCCGCUAAUGUUCCCCCCUGAGUGGGGGUCUACUUUUAACAUGAAACAACAGUAAUGGCAUACCCAGUCUCUGGUUCUGAUUUGAAAUUUGGAAACUAUUUCAAAAGAGAUCCAAAAUAUUUGUACACUUUUAAACAUGGUCAGAUGAUUUGGGUACCUCCCUUUAUAUAAUUUCUCUCAAAAUAACUAAUCUCAAAAAUGAGGAAAAGCAGCCCUUGUAAUUUGUAAAAGCAACACAUUUAUGUAUUGCUUUACACUACCUCUCAGCAAAAAAAAAAAAAAA